UCAGGUACCGGAAGUCUUCUGUAUUCUGUCAUUACGAUCAAGCGCUGCCUCGGAUACCGCACGUGUCAUUUUAAAGAGACCACGAAGGCAUAGCUUUUGAACCGCUGCCUAGAAGAAGAGAGAACUACCAACUCCAGAGAGGAGAGAUCCCUGUCAAGGAGCCCAAAUUUGUGUUGGCAUAUAAUGGUGAAGAAGUAUGAUGCAACAAGCAGGAAGAAGACAUGGAUCUGCUAAACAGAGUCUUCAUUGAAAGCUGAACUAUGAAGGAAACAUCUGUGCACAUUAAACAAGAGAACUGUGAAUGGGAAUCUGGCCAGCCUAAACAGGAGUGUCUCUGCAUUAAUGAGGAAGGCUUUGAACUGGAGGCCAUUACUUUCAAAAACAGCUCUAAGAAGUGUUCUAUUGGCGUGAAUAAGCAGAAACAGGAAUUUGUAAAUCUUGUUAAAGAAGAGGACAUUAUAGUGGAGUCUAUCUCUGAAUGUAUGUGUCCUGGUGGGAAAGAAGAAACUGACCAGGCAUCCACUCAGAGCACACACUGCUUUAUUCUACAGGAGCAUCAUGCAAUUGUGAAGUCUGAACCAUCUAUGACUGAGGAAGUGUCCAAGAGAAAACAGAAUUUUCUUUCGUCUUCAAGUCAUCUGGGAAAAAAUUUCCAGGAGAAGAGGAGCUGUCUAGUAUUUCCAUUUAACCAAGGGUCACUUCAGGGUAAAGCUCAAACUAAGAAGCACCAGUGUGAUGUGGUGAAAUCUGCCUCAAGUUCAAUUACUUCAAAACUGGUUGAUUUCCAGCAUUUUGCUCUUCCUGCAGUGAAGCUUACAAGGAUUGAUGACAUCAAAAGUUAUAAAUGGAUUAGAAAUGCAAAUCUGGUGACUUUAUAUGUAUGUCGGUCUUGUGGGAAAUUCUAUAAAUGUAAAUCUCAUUUGGAAGAACAUCAAAAUCUGCACAUUGGAGUGAAGCCACACUGUUGUACUGAUUGUGGUAAGAGAUUCCUGCACAAAAGUAAUCUUCAGGUACACAAAAGAAUCCAUACUGGAGAAAAGCCAUAUUGCUGUAAUGAAUGUGGCAAGCGGUUCACGGUAAUUGGUCAGCUUCAGGCACACAUGAGAGUUCACACUGGAGAAAAGCCAUAUUGUUGUACUGACUGUGACAAACGAUUAAGAAACUUGGGCUCUCUUCAAAGACACAAGAGCAUCCACACUGGCAAGAGGCCAUAUGCCUGCACUGACUGUGGUAAGCGAUUCACAGCAGUUGACAGGCUUCAAACACACAGACGAAUUCAUACUGGAGAGAAGCCAUAUAGCUGUACUGAAUGCGGAAAGCACUUCACACAAGUAAGUACUCUUCAAGCGCAUAAGAGAAUUCACACAGGAGAAAAGCCAUAUUCAUGUAACAAAUGUGGUAAACGGUUCAGAAAACUGUGUGCCCUUCAAACUCAUGUUAGAAUUCAUACAGGAGAAAAACCAUAUUCCUGUACAGAAUGUGGUAAGCAGUUCACACAAAUUGGUUAUUUGCAUAUACACAAGCGAAUUCAUACAGGAGAGAAGCCAUAUAGCUGCCCCGAGUGUGGUAAACAGUUUGCAAAAUUAGGUUCUCUUCAAAGACAUAAGACUAUUCAUACUGGCGAGAAGCCAUAUUUCUGUACAGAAUGUGGCAAGCGAUUCACAGUAGUAGACCGGCUUCAAAAGCACAAACGUAUUCAUACUGGAGAGAAGCCAUAUUGUUGUACUGAUUGUGGAAAGCAGUUCACACAAAUAAGCACUCUUCAAGCACACAAGAGAAUUCACACAGGGGAGAAGCCAUACUCAUGCUCUGAAUGUGGAAAGCAGUUCACACAAGUAGGUACUCUUCAGACACACAAGAGGAUACACACAGGAGAGAAGCCAUAUUCGUGUAUUGAUUGUGGGAGGCAUUUCACACAAGUGUAUUCUCUUCAGACGCACCAAAGAAUUCACACGGGAACCAAACCAUACUGUUGUACAGAAUGUGAUAAACGUUUCACACAACUAGUUUCACUUCAGGGACACCUGAAGAUUCACACUGGAGACAAGCCAUAUUGCUGUACUGAAUGUGAUAAGCGAUUUACUGAAAGGAGGAAAUUGGAGAGACACAAGAUAACUCACACUGGAGAAAAACCAUUUUGCUGUGAUGAAUGUGGCAAAAGGUUCACACAGAUUAGCAGUCUUCAGUCACACAAGAGCAUCCACACUGGCAAAAAGCCAUAUUCCUGUACUGAAUGUGGCAAAGCAUUCAGGCAGGCAACUUUUCUUCGUGUACACCAGAGGAUUCACAGUGGAGAGAAACCUCACUGUUGUACUGAAUGUGGAAAGAAGUUCACUGAGAAAAGUAAUCUUAAGAAACACAAGCGAAUUCACAGUGGAGAAAAGCCACAUUGCUGUCCUGAAUGUGGCAAGCAGUUCACACAGAGGGGUUCUCUAUCCAAACACCAGAGAACUCACAUGGCACACAAACAGAGCGGUGAACAUAAGCCACAAGAACAACCCCAUGAACCAGGGGAACUCGAAAACAUGACCCCCUGUAGCAAUGUCCUGAGGACAGACAAAUCUUUUCAGAAUGGUUCUGUUAAAUAGAACUAAUUUCCAAAAAUGAGAUGUUGAAAACAGCAGAGUUUUGUAUAUUAAAAAAUCAUGGGGAGAAAAACAGCACACUUAAGAAAAUUGGAUUCUGCUAGAAACAGGCAAUUUGUUGCAGUUGAUGAAUUGUUAUGGGGUUCCAGUACUUGACAACACAAAUACAACUACAAAAAUAUUAAAUAACUCCAAUCAGUGUUAGAUAUGAUUUAUAAAGUUAUAUGUGACUAAAAAUAAGCCAUGUGAGAAAAGAAUAAAUAGGAUAUGAAUUUAAAACAUCACUAACUAUACUACCAUUGUUUUAACUGUUAAACCCAAGUGACAGGUAAAAUCCUACAGAAAGCAGUCUGUCAUUAGUGAAAACCAUUUUUCUGUUUGUUUGCAUUUUUAGGUUUUUGGAAUUAGCCAACAGUCAUUUAUUGCUUCUAUUCCAAGAUUCAUACAGUGCCCUAAAGAUGGAAUAUGGUGCAGUACUCCUGGGUGUCAUGAUAUUAAGCUAACUGAAAUACUGCAUCUGCAUGGAGAUGCUAACCCCAAAAAUACACAGUUUCUGUGAAAAGUAGUCUCUCUUUUGGAAGUUUUCAUGUUUUAUUUUUUGUAUAUUUGUUGUAUAUUGUA